UGUUAGUGCCCCCAGUGGAUGCCCCCCCUUAAGGGCUAUCAAAACAGACAAUCGUGUCAUAUUGGCUAUUUGAACCCCCUCUUCAUCUUCGUUGCCCGCUCAGCGACGCCAUUUAAAUCUUCGAGAGUGAGUGAGGCUUGCCAUCUUUCAGCCAUAUCUAGUUCACUCAACUUAAAAAAGCGCAAUUACAUCCCCUCCAAAAAGUACUAUGCACAAGCAUCCGAAUACAAUUGUCCAACCAAUUUGUUAACCAGUCUGUACAAUGCAAUGGCGACUCUUGUGUCGCUCUUAAAUUCUAAAAUAGUUGGGUAUCUGCCUGGCAUGGAUCUCUCUUUCGUUCUCACCCUGCGUCUUCCUCAGGGCUCUUUUCGCCAGUGCUAAGCGUGGAGAGUGCACGUUUCCAGCUUCUUAUCAACUAUGACUAGGCCCCAAGGCUUAUUAGGUAGCCCUCUUCCCUUCAUCAAAUCCCUCCCCCCCCUUGUCCCGCACGCCCACCAUUUCCUCUGUCCCCCGCCUGCAGGACCCUAGUAUUGUAGCUCCCACAGCCAUUCGCGCACUUAUGAUACAAAAAGUGAUAGGGAAUAUUACGACUCUCUUCCCCACAAUCUUGACAGAGGACAUCCGAGCGCCACGUCGCAAACUCCGGGGGCAUGGGGUAGGCCUGAAGGAGCAGGUCCAAGCCGGCGAAGUGGCUGCUCAUGUCUUCCAUACUCUUUUUACAGAUGGGACAGGUGUAGGCGGUCUGUCGGUAGGCAUCGUAGCAUUGCCGGUGCAUGCUGUGUCCGCACGAGAGGACUUUGUAGUGGGUGGUGCUGGUGAAGAGGGGCUCCGAACAGACGGGGCAGUCCCGUUGGAGUGCCUGUUCGAUGCACUUGUGCCGCUCAGGGGGCACGGCCAGGGACACGCAGGCGUUGCAGGUCAUGCAGUGGCGAAAGUCAAUACCCAAGCCCUUACCCAGACGGCAGACGUUGCAAUAGGGGCAAUGGUAGAUCGCCUUUCCCACGUCGUCAUCGUAGAGGCGGCAGAUGUCACAGUAGUAGGCACUGAACACGUGCCGGCAGUGGGGGUUCCUGCAGGUCCGCGCGGGGGGUUGGAGCUCGCCGCAACGCAUGCAACAGAUCUCGGCGACCGCGUACCGGUCCAUGGCAUGGUCGGUCAAGGCCUGGUCGUGACAAAGGCGGCAGGGAUAGAGGCGCCCACAACAAGGAGCUCGGAGUUUGCAGGCGCGCCGGUAAUGCAUGCACCCAAACUCCCCCGUCGGCGUGUAGGACGGGGAGCGGUCCAAUGCUUCCGUGU